AAUAACCAAAAAUAAACAUUUUGUCUUCAUACAAAUUUGUAUGCCAGUUCUUGCAUCUGCGUUUUCCAUCUUCAACACUGACGCAAAAUUUGCAGAAAGAUAAUAAAAACCCAGUAAACGUCUCUUGUCUGCUUCCUACAGGCUACGAGCCAUCAUCCCGACGUUUCGGCCAUCUGUAGAGCCACAACAAACAAACAGCAAUAGAGGCAUCCAAUUGGGCACCAAUAAUUAAUCAACAGUAGUAGUAGAGUAGUACUUGUCAAUUUUAUAUUAUUAAUUUCAGAUCACCUUUUUUAUGUCUUCAGUUGUUGUUCGGAGAUUAAUGGCGACUAUGCCUAAUACGAUGUCGUUUAAGCAAGGUCUUUCACUCUGGUGUCCUCAAUCAGCUGCCUUGAAUCGGAUUCCAAGGGUUUCGGUUCCUUCUAGAAGCUUCAGGAGAAGUUUCGUUGCUGCUGCUUCGUUUGAUAAUGAGAACCGAGAGUAUGUGGUAGUUGGAGGAGGAAAUGCAGCUGGAUAUGCGGCUAGAACUUUUGUUGAGCAAGGACAAGCUAAUGGAAAGUUAUGCAUUGUGACCAAAGAGCCAUAUGCACCAUACGAACGUCCAGCAUUGACCAAAGCAUAUUUGUUUCCUCUGGACAAAAAGCCAGCACGUUUACCGGGCUUUCAUACUUGUGUUGGUGCUGGUGGUGAGAGACAAACGCCUGAUUGGUACAAGGAACAAGGGAUAGAGAUGUUGUAUGAAGAUCCAGUAACAGGAGUUGAUAUAGAAAAGCAAACUCUGACAACAAAUUCAGGAAAGCUGCUCAAGUAUGGCACCCUUAUUAUUGCAACCGGAUGUACGGCAUCCAGAUUUCCUGAGAAGAUCGGAGGAAAUUUACCUGGGGUUCACUAUAUUCGGGAUGUGGCGGAUGCUGAUUCAUUAAUAUCCUCACUGGGGAAAGCAAAAAAGCUUGUAGUUGUUGGUGGUGGCUAUAUAGGAAUGGAAGUUGCUGCAGCUGCUGUAGCCUGGAAACUUGAUACAACUAUAAUUUUCCCAGAAGAGCAUCUCUUAUCAAGACUGUUCACUCCUUCUCUUGCCCAAAAGUAUGAACAACUCUACCAAGACAAUGGUGUCAAAUUCGUCAAGGGUGCUAAGAUAAAACAUCUAGAAUCUGGUCCAGAUGGCCGGGUAACUGCAGUUAAGCUUGAAGAUGGAUCAAGUAUAGAGACAGACACGGUUGUUAUUGGUAUUGGAGCAAAACCUGCUGUCAGUCCAUUUGACAUGGUUGGCUUAAACAAAACUGUUGGUGGAAUAGAGGUUGACGGCCAGUUCCGAACAAGCAUACCUGGAAUCUUUGCCAUUGGAGAUGUUGCUGCAUUUCCAUUGAAGAUAUACAACCGAAUUGCACGGGUGGAGCAUGUUGACCAUGCUCGUAAAUCUGCGCAGCAUUGUAUUAAAUCAUUGCUAACUGCACACACGCACACGUAUGACUAUUUACCAUACUUCUACUCAAGGGUUUUUGAAUAUGAAGGAAGCUCUAGGAAAGUGUGGUGGCAAUUCUUUGGUGACAAUGUUGGGGAGGCUGUUGAAGUUGGGAAUUUUGAUCCAAAGGUUGCAACAUUUUGGAUCGACUCUGGAAAGCUGAAGGGGGUUCUUCUUGAAAGUGGGAGUCCUGAGGAAUUCCAACUGCUUCCAAAACUUGCACGGAGCCAGCCCUCUAUUGACAAAGCCAAACUUCAAAAUGCAUCAUCCGUUGAAGAGGCUCUAGAAAUUGCUCAAGCUUCCUUGAAGACUGAAGCUGCAGUUUGAUCACCAGUUCACCACCCAUCAAGAACAUCCUCUCGCACAGUACACCUAUUUUCCAGAUUGAGGUAUCGACAUACCCAUUUGGCAAUUUCGGCAGCUUGUAAGAUUGAAAGAGAAAGAAAGAGGACAACGUAUUAGAUUGAUAAUAUAUCGUAGAAAAAUUGAUGAGAGCGAGCGGGGUGUGGGCACUUGUUUAUGUUAGGAUAUUAGAUUUGUAAUAAGAAUGUCACUUGAAAAUGGAUUUCUAACAUGAAUCCAAAUGAUUAUAGUGUCUCAAUGGUUCCAAUGAAUUAAGUACAGUUCUCUCUUUUUCACAUUAA